AUGUGUUUGAGACCAACACUACAUCCAUUUACUAACGAUAACGGUAAGACAUAUCUGCCUGCAGCUUGCUUCACAAUGUCAAAUGAUGAGAAAUAUCAGUUCUUGAAGGUCAUAAAGGAUGUACGAGUGCCUGAUGGGUAUGCUUCAAAUGUGUCACGGUGUGUAAAACUUAAAGAACAUACCAUUGGAGGUUUGAAGAGUCAUGACAGCCACAUACUCAUGCAACAACUCCUUCCAAUUGCACUUCGCGGAUCAUUACCAAAGAAGGUCGUUGAACCUUUGAUAGAUUUGUCUUGCUUCUUUAGGGAGAUUUGUUCCAAAACACUACGAUUAGAAGAUCUGAACCGUCUUGAGGAUAGAAUCCCCAUAAUAUUGUGCAAUUUGGAAAAGAUUUUCCCUCCCGGUUUUUUUACAGUGAUGGUGCACCUAGUCAUACAUUUAGUUCGUGAAUGUAAGCUUGGAGGUCCUGUUCACUAUCGGUGGAUGUAUCCUGUUGAGAGGUCUCUUGGUCGAUACAAAUUUACCGUUCGCAACAGAGCUGCACCGGAAGGCUCUAUUGCGGAAGGUUACAUUGCGGCCGAAUUAUUGACGUUUUGUUCGCGAUACCUUGUCAACACACCAACAUUCCAUAAUAGGCCUCUAAGGAACCCUGAAGAAUCUAGAGGGCGGAUGCACUUGGAGAAGCUAAGGGAAACAGAAAAUAGGGAACGAAAUUCAGAUACUGAAUUGCUUAAGAAGCAUAGAGACCAAUUCUGUGAUUGGUACCGGGUCUAUGUUCAACAAUUGGAUGAGAUUCACAGAAAUGUGUUGGGUGAUAAGCUUGUAUGGCAUGCCAAAGGGCCGAUGCGGUCCGCUGUAGAAUAUAGCCGUUAUGUUAGUAAUGGCAUGCUGUUUCGUAUUUUGUCGCACGAUAAUGGAAAGACAUCUCAAAAUUGUGGAGUAUGUGUGCCAACUGUUGAUGGCCCAACCUACUAUGGCAAGUUAACUCGCAUAAUCGAGGUGCAAUAUUACGACGAGUCUCGAUAUGUGCUAUUCAAGUGUGAUUGGGCUGACAUAGAGAAAAAUAAGGGAUAUAAGGAGGACGAAUAUGGGAUCCCCCUUGUGAGUUUCAAAAGACUAAUCCAUACGGGGGAUCGUAUUACUGAUGACCCGUACGUAUUAUCUUCUCAAGUAUCACAAGUAUACUAUGUCGAGGAUGAGAGGCACCCGAACUGGGCUGUCGUGGUUAGCACAAAACCAAGACACGUGUACGACAUUGGCCAAGGGGGGGAAGAAAACGAUGAUGAUGAUAAUGGCAACUAUCGUGAGAACGAGCCAUAUAACCGAAACAUUAAUGCGGACCCAAAUGAUGCUGACAAUGAUAAUGUUGAGUGUGCACGUGACAAUGUUCCUGCCAUCGAAGUUUCGGUGUUGGGAGCAUAA